AUGUCCACAAACCCAGCUCACCUCAAACCCUCUUCCUCCCGCCACUCCUCCUCCUCCCACAAACCCUCCACCCCAAGCUACAAACCCCCGGUAACCGCGCAUCCUUCCACAACCAUCUCCGAAUCCGCCAGCUUCCAGGGCAUCCACCCCAUCUCCAUCGGUGCAGGCACCGUAAUACACCCGCGAACCAAAUUCCUCUCCUUCGAGGGACCCAUUAAAAUCGGAAGCGGCUGCAUCAUAGGCGAAAAAUCCGUAAUUGGCGGGCCGCAAACUUCGCCAACCUCACCAACCGCAGCCGCAAUAGACACCGGAUCCUUCACCAUAGCACCACCACCACCACCACCAACAACAACAGCAACGACGACGACAAUCCUAGAAAACUCCGUCCUCAUCGGACCCCUUACCACCGUCAGCGCUGGCACCCACAUUUCCUCCUCCGCAACAGUGGAUACCGCUGCCGUCCUGGGCCGGCGCGUGCGCGUCGGCCAGCACGCGAAGGUCUGUCCCAGCUGUUGCAUUCCGGACGAUGGGGCCGUUGGCAGUUGGAUUGUGAUAUGGGGUGGGAGUAGUGGUAAUACUGGUGCUGGUGGGAGCCAGUUACAGAGACGGAAAAGGGCCAAUGGACAAGCGCAACAGUAUAAUAGUGAUGAGACAGAGCUUGGAUUUGGGUUGGGGGGAGCUGUCGUGGAAAAGGGUCGGUUAGGGGUGCUGGAGAAGGAGAGGGAAGGGUUGGUGAAGUUGAUCGGGGCUGGGAGUAUUGGUGGGGGAGGGAGGAGGAGGUGAGGUUUGGUAUUUUUCUUUUUUAUUGGGAUAAAUAUUUCUUGUUUUUUGUUUCUCAUCUCAGAGGGCGUAGCUUGCUUGCUCAGCCUUGUUUGUUUGCGAUUUAGCGUCCUGGAUACCCUGCGGAAUACUACCAAUGUUUACGGUUUCUAGAAAAAUACUGCUAGAAGAUGGAGAAUAAAUAUGAUAAGAGGCCCCUAUGACCCUAUGAAAGCCCAUGCACAUGCUUUUCGAUCCGAAUAGAGUACAUACAUACAAAGUAGAUAUGGAUAGAAAUCUCGUCCGCUUUGUUCCCUCGCCUUGCAAGGGGAGAUCGGGGAAAAUCAGGAAAUAGGAUGUCACAAAAAAAAAACCAAAGAAAAGAAAACGGGACGCCAGAACAGAAAUUAUAAUGAUAGAAAAGAAAAAAGUAAAAUAAAAAGAACGCUCCCGGUGUUCAAAAUAUCACCCCUGAAACAACGAAACAAAAUAGAAAGGUCCCUAAGAUCCCGCACCGCCUCCACGAAUCCUCUUCCCACUUCCACUAUCACCACCUUCCCCACCAUCAUCUCUGGCUCGCUUGUUGCCCUGAGGAAUAAACUGACGGGCGUGAGCAUUGAGUGCACCACGUCCACCUCUGGGACUCGGCUGCCCUUGACCCUGGGGUAGAUUGCCGGUCUGAACGUUUUGAG